AUGGAUUACGGUGGAAACGAUGAAUCUUUCAUGUCGGCCGACAUUAUGUCUUACUUUCUGGGGUCUUCGGCGGAUGCGACAAUGGGCCCGAACGACUUUGUUCAUGUUAUGGAUGAUGCGCCGAACUACCUUGUUGUCUUGGGGACGUUUCUGGUCGUGAUGAACACGUGGGGUGUGAUCAAUUCCUUCGGCGUCUUUCAGAGCUACUACGUCACAGUUCUUGCCCGCCCACCAUCCGACAUUUCCUGGAUCGGGUCCAUCAACGUCUUCCUGCUCUUCUCCAUCGGGACCUUCACUGGCCGUCUGACCGACGCAGGAUUCUUCCGCCCACUAGCCAUUUCCGGGGCUAUCUUGACGGUAACCAGAACAUUAGCAACGUCAGCAUGCACGAAGUAUUGGCAGAUAUUCCUGGCGCAAGGUAUCUGCGUUGGUAUCGGCAGCGGGUGUCUUUUCUGCCCGGCCGUUGCCAUCGUGUCAACGUAUUUCAACAAGCGUGGUUCACUGGCGAUUGGCAUCACCGCUUGUGGCAGCGGAGUUGGGGGCAUAUUGUACCCGGUGCUGGUACGCCAACUAUUACCGAGAGUGGGCUUCGGGUGGACAAUGAGGACAAUCGGAUUCGUUCAAGGUGGUGGAUUGGCGAUUGCGGUCGCUAUCUUACGACCGAGGGUUCUUCCCCGUAAGACGGGACAGUUUGUCGAAUGGUCGGCGUUCCGCGAGCUCGAGUACACAUCUUAUGCGUGUGGCUCUGUCCUGUGCCUGAUGGGAGCCUACUUCGCCUUCUUCUUUGUCGCCGCCUACGCUCGAGACAUCCAGGGCAUGUCGUAUACCAACUCACUAAACCUCGUCGUGAUGAUGAAUGGCGUUGGAAUGGUGGGUCGACUCCUGCUCACACAUCUUGCUGAUAGGUUCGGGAACCUUACCGUCUUCGUGCCUACUGCUGGAGCAGGUGCUUUGCUUCUGUUUUCCUGGAUCGCGGUCUCCUCUCCAGCGGGCGUAUAUGUUUGGGCAUCCUUUUCUGGUAUGGCCACCGGUGGGAUCCAGUCGCUGUUCCCAUCCGCUUUGGCCUCUCUUACAUCUGAUCCGCAAAAGCAGGGUACUCGCAUCGGGAUGGUGUUCACGAUUGUGAGUUUUGCGGGUUUGGUCGGGCCCCCGAUCGGAGGAGCUCUCGUUUCCGCUGUCGGCGGUUCUUACGUUGGUGCUCAGGCUUUUGCAGGAACAAGUCUAUCGUUGGGGAUGGCAUUCAUGAUGACCGCUAGGGAAGUUAAGAGGAGGAAGAAGGGACAAAAUAUGUGGAUGAAGGUAUGA